UCGGGAAUCGUCUGAGGAGUUGGAAUACGGGCUGCGGGAACCUCCGACUGACAGCUCUUUUGGCUGUUUCCGGAGGAUUCCAUAUAAACACGCUCCUCUCUCCCAUCGUUAUCACGUCAAUCCCGCCUUCUCCACCCCGUACGAUCACUCCUCCCAGCAGCAAAUCACCACCGCGUUUCGGAUCUACACGCCUCGGCCUCUAUAUCUCCGUCGAGUCCCCCUAUCUGCCGCCACAAGGCUAUCUCUGGCCACCGCUCCCGGCGUAUACUUACAGAUAUACACGCACUGUGUAUAGGUUAGUAUGCAGCUUUGAGUUUGGUAGAAUCUUUGGCCAGAGACGCCAUAAAUGAGAAUCGUAGUUUUCUUCAGAGCAGUUACAGAGCUUCAUUUAUAGAAUCUGUCUCUAUUUUCCUCUCUCUCCAUAUACUUAAGUAUACAAAUCGAUACGGUACAUAUAUACGUGUGCGCGUAGAUGUUGAGGCGUAGAAAGGGCUCUGAGACAAAGAAAGCUUCGAAUUCGGAGUUGCAGAUUGGCGGAGACGAUGAGAAGAAGGGGAGAGAUAGGGAUGAGAAAUCGAGGAAGAGUAGAUUGGAGGAAGAGAGAGAAAAGAAACCGAAGAAGUGGAGUUGCGUUGAUAGUUGCUGUUGGUUGAUCGGUUGCAUUUGUUCGGUAUGGUGGUUUUUGCUGUUUUUGUACAAUGCGAUGCCGGCUUCGUUCCCUCAGUACGUGACGGAGGCCAUCACCGGGCCGUUACCGGAUCCGCCUGGCGUGAAGCUGCAAAAAGAGGGGUUGCAGGUGAAGCACCCGGUGGUGUUCGUUCCCGGGAUCGUCACUGGAGGGCUCGAACUCUGGGAAGGCCACCAGUGCGCCGAAGGACUGUUCAGGAAGAGGCUAUGGGGUGGAACAUUUGGCGAAGUGUACAAAAGACCUUUAUGCUGGGUUGAGCACAUGUCGCUGGAUAAUGAAACUGGAUUGGACCCUCCUGGUAUAAGAGUUAGGCCUGUAUCUGGUCUUGUGGCAGCUGAUUACUUUGCACCAGGUUAUUUUGUUUGGGCAGUUCUAAUAGCAAAUUUGGCACGCCUAGGAUAUGAGGAGAAAAACAUGUAUAUGGCUGCAUAUGAUUGGAGGAGCUCAUUUCAAAGUACUGAGGUGCGCGACCAAACUCUGAGCCGGAUGAAAAGUAAUAUAGAACUGAUGGUUGCAACGAGUGGGAGAAAGGUGGUCGUGAUUCCACAUUCCAUGGGUGUCCUCUACUUCUUGCAUUUCAUGAAAUGGGUUGAGGCAUCAACUCCAAUGGGUGGCGGAGGUGGGCCAGAUUGGUGUGCUAAGCAUAUAAAGGCGGUAAUGAAUAUUGGUGGUCCAUUUUUAGGUGUUCCAAAAGCAGUCUCUGGAUUAUUUUCUGCCGAAGCGAAAGAUAUCGCUGUUGCCAGGGGUAUUGCACCAGGUGUUUUAGAUAUGGAUGUAUUUGGUUUACAAACUUUCCAGCAUGUGAUGCGGAUGACUCGUACUUGGGAUUCAACAAUGUCAAUGAUUCCUAAAGGCGGGGACACUAUUUGGGGUGGCCUUGACUGGUCACCAGAAGAAGGCUAUGAGUGUAUUUUGAAGAAAAUGAAGAACAAUGACACUCAGAUGGUGGGCCAAACUGUAAAAGGGAUUUCAGGCUAUACAAAACACGUGCAUUAUGGAAGGAUUAUAUCAUUUGGGAAAGAUGUAGCUGAGACACACUCUUCAGAAAUUAAAAGGACUGAUUUCAGGGAUGCAGUUAAAGGCAAUAACCUUGCAAACAAAACGAGCUGUGAUGUAUGGACCGAGUACCAUGAUAUGGGCAUGGAGGGUAUUAAAGCUGUUGCAGAUUUUAAAGUUUACACAGCAGGAUCAUUACUUAAUCUGCUUCAUUUUGUUGCUCCAAAGAUGAUGAAACGUGGUAGUGCUCAUUUUUCAUAUGGAAUUGCAGACAACUUGGAUGACAAAAAAUAUGAACAUUACAGAUAUUGGUCAAACCCCCUGGAAACAAAAUUACCAAAUGCUCCUGACAUGGAGAUUUUCUCUAUGUAUGGAGUUGGAAUCCCUACUGAAAGGGCAUAUGUCUAUAAGUUAAGUUCUGGUGCCGAGUGUUACAUUCCAUUUCAGAUUGAUACCUCUGCCGACGGUGGGCACGACUGCACUUGCCUGAAGGGUGGGGUUUUUUCUGUUGAUGGAGAUGAAACAGUUCCCAUCCUGAGCGCAGGUUUUAUGGCUGCAAAAGGUUGGCGGGGGAAAACCCGAUUCAAUCCCUCUGGCAUUCGUACUUACAUAAGGGAAUAUAAUCACGCCCCUCCAGCAAAUCUCUUGGAAGGCCGUGGAACCCAGAGUGGGGCUCAUGUUUAAUAUAAUGGGAACUUUGCCCUGAUUGAAGAUAUCAUCCAGGUGGGCAGUGGGAGCUACAGGAGAAGAGUUGGGGGGAGAUCAAGUUCAUUCCGAUGUCUUCAAAUGGUCUGAAAGAAUCAAGCUUCAACUCUAGAUCUCUUCGGUGAAAUGGCACCUUCUUUUACACGACGGAACCGUGUUUCUUCUGCAUGGGUGGGGGAAGUCAUGGGGGCAGCGAACCGCUUCCGUUGAUUGGCAAAAACCGGAGGGACAUUUUCCUGGCGAAGUGGAGCUGAUGCUGAAGGAUGAGAAAUCUCAAAGACUGCUGCUGCUUGAAGAGGCAUCAAGGUUUGUGUUGUUGCAUAAUAACACUUGAUUUUUUUUUUUUGUCAUUAUUAUUACAGGAAGCAAAGAAACCGGCCGGUCCAACCAAAUUUCGCGAGAACUGGAAGUUUUGGACAUCUGAUUAAUUAUUUGAAAACCGUAAGUAGGUAGCAAAAGUUACAUAGGAUUUGGGGGUGGGAAGGGGAGGGGAAGUGAUAAUCCAGUUUUGAGCUUGGCAAGUUUGAGCUGAAUGGUGUGUGGUGGGUGGGGGUGUCAAUUAAUGAUACAACAUCUUAUUGGACUACAGUUAAUGUAUUUUCAUCAUAAAAAGUGAUAUUUUGAUACUAUAAAAUAUUUGUGUGCGGAGUCCAAUUCCAAUUCCGAUUCCGAACUCCAAGGCGAAAGCGGGGCUGCGGCGAUCUCUCGUCCCUUUGCACGUCUCUCGUAAAUGCAAAAAUGGUCAAAGUACCAUUCACUGUAUCUCUUGGUUCCGGUUCCAGCCCUGCUGAAAGGACAAAUCUCAAAUGACAAACC